GGACAGUGUUGGUGCGUGGACGCCAACGGCCAGGAGAUCUCUGACACUCGCACUGGAGCCGCCAACACCGCCCUGUGCAUCAACCAGGCUGUGACGCCGGCCCCUGUAGGCCCCACCCCACGGCCCGACAUCCACCCCGUCUCUCUGGGAACUCACCUGGUGUUUGCUCAGAGUGGGAAGAUUGAACACGUCCCGCUGGAAGGAUACAAGAUGAAGACGGAAGAGGCCAGACCACUGCUGCACAUCCCCGACCGUGUGGUGAUCGCCGUCGCCUACGACUGUGUGGACAGGAUGGUUUACUGGACGGACAUCACCGGACCAGCGAUCAGCAAGGCCAGUCUGAGCGGGGGAGACAUCAUUCCUGUUGUCACCAAAGGUACAGACGACAUCGGCCAUUUAUGGCGGUGGACCUAUAGUUGUGCUCGACUCCUGUCAAGAUCCAGACGUCUGCCUGUUUGGAAGUCUUACUUUAAAUGUUAUUUUUAAAUAUUAGAUAUCAGUAAAAAAAAAAAAAA